CAAGCUGUGACGUAAUCGGAGUGUGUCGUCAUCGCGCAGCUACGAAAAUAGCUCGGUCGCUAGGGAACGCUCACGUGACAAAACAGUCGUCUGUGCGGGAACCAACGAAGAUAGUUUGACCACAUAACGCCCUAUCUCCCCUGCACAGUGUCAAGCUGCAUUGACGGCUCGUUUAAAUGACACAGGACAGCCGGCGUGCAAAGUAAACCUUCGCUACACAGUUACGGGUAAGAGACCGCUUAAAAUGGAGCAGACAAACGAAGGUUACAGCCAGAUGUUGGAGAAAUACAGAGAAAUUGACGAAGACGAAAUAUUAUCAGGUUUAUCGGCACAAGAACUUCAGCAGCUUGAGGGUGAAAUUGAUCGAGAAGUUUUGAACCAAAUCCCCGAAGAGGAAAGUGAGGAAGAAACUUAUGAAUUCACAUCAACUGAAGACGAGAUAGAGAGCAUACCUGAGGAAAAGGAAAUACGAAAACCGCUAAAAGAACGUCGGCUCUCCAGAGAUUCAAUCAAGAAAAGAGCAAGUAAAAGUCCACAUAAGUUCAAAGUACCGACCCUGAAGAAAGCGUCGAGCAGAGAUUCACUUAAAAGACAAAGCAGCGAAGAAGGCGGAGAAUUGAAAAAGGAAUUACUGCAAGCAGUUCGACACAGAACUAAACGACGUACUAGCAGGAGUAACAGUAGCGGUGUCAAUCGGAGAUAUGGAACACAUAGAAGACAUAGCUCCAGUCUUUUUAAGAGGAGAAACUCAAAGAUUGCGAAAGAAGAUCGAAAGAAUCCAGAAGUCAAUGCGAACUGUAUCACAGCAGAAAUGCUGACGCUAAGGCCAACUUUAAAGAAGGUUAAAACUAGAGAACCGAAACAACUUGCUGAAGUUUUACACGGAGUGUGUCUCAAGAACGUCACAUCCGGUGCCAAAGCGAAAGAUGACGUAGAUGAUCAUUAUGUCAUCAACGACGAGCCAACUUACGCCGAGUCCGAUUACAGUGAUGUCAUAUCCGCUGACGAAGAAGUGGCAAGCGCCAACGAUUCGCUUCAUCGAACACUGACGUCAUCAAAAGACGACGAUGACGUCAUAGCAGCUACGUCAUCAACGACAGCGGGCAGCACGAGUACCGACUCCUAUGACGUCAUUGGGGAGCUGUCAAUCAACGCCAACAGCGUAGAAGAAACAAUCCUCCGAAUCUGGGAAGACGACGAAGACUUGGUUGAGGUGAAUUUGAACAACAUACAAAACGUGGAUAUGGAUGUGUUUGAACAACUGGCGUCUGCAAUGGAAGGUAAUACUCACGUCAAGUCCUUACAGCUCGCCAAUACUGGCCUUACUGAUAAAAUGGCGCGUGCCCUGGCUUCGAUGCUGAAACGUAAUAAGUGUUUGGAAAAGUUGAACGUGGAAUCAAACUUCAUUACUGGCGGUGGGGCGUUGCGCAUGGUGGCAGCACUGCGCAGGAACAGUAGCCUGACAGAGCUACGAAUAGAUAACCAGCGCCACAUCUUCGGUGCAAACGUAGAACAUGAAUUUGCAAAAAUACUGAAAGAUAACAAAUCUCUAUUGAGAUUUGGUUACCAGUUCGCCAACCCAGGACCACGUAUGAGUGCGUCUAAUUAUCUCACGAAAAACAUGGAUGACGUUCGAAAGAAGCGAGUAGCUGAACAGCGCAAGCGCGCUAAAGCUGGUCACUCAGACAGACCACCAUUGCGAAGACAGACAAGCAGUGAAUGGUAUCGCAAAGAAAAGGCGGAUAAAGCCAAAAAGAUGAAAGACCAAGGUAUCCAUAUUGGGAAUGAUGGGACAGUUAAAGAAGAAGACGUACAGAAAGUACUGAGUUCGAUGAAACCUCACGAGAUGGCAAUGUUGGAGAAAUGGUUUACCGGAAAGCUAAUGGGGAAAGUCGAAUCACCUAAGAAACAAGUCAAAACUAAGUCGCGAAAAGAUACAGAAAGUCCAGUAGCUUUACGUGGCCAACUGCUCGAUAGUAUUCGAAAUCAGAGUGGCAAGACGAAGCUGAAAAAGGUGAGCCCAAGCCCGAGGCCAAGUACUCGAUCCUCGAUGGUGGAUUCUGACGUUGAAGCUUCUCGGAAUGACGUCACGAAAUACCAAUCGUCACCACUUAGUGACGUCACACCAAGGCCGAGAACGCCAUUGCCACCGACAUUAUCAGACGAACCGGUUGUUCAUAGUGAUUCUUUUUCCAAUGAGAAUCCAACAGAAGAAGCGGGAAGUUACUACUCGAUUGGUGACGUCACGAAGCCAAUGGUGACGUCAGCCAAGGAUGACGUCACAGAUAGUGCAAGUGAAGAAGCAGUGGCCUUCACUCACAGCCCUGUACCCCCUGAGGUUCCAGUAAUGGAUACUUUGAAUCUUCCGAAAAAUGAUGACGCAGAUGAAGUGAUGUCAUCAAAUACGAGCAGCAUUGACGUCAUCGAGUGGAAAGAUGGAGAAUCGUAUGAUAGUGAUGAGUAUGAGGUUGUAGAGAUUGAGGUAUCCGACAGCGAAGAGGAAGACGACGAGGAAGAAGAAGAAGAAGAAGAAGAGCAAAUUUCCGAAACAGUUAAAAAGUCAGACCCUGUAAAGGCGUUGGACAGCCUUGGCAUAUUUAGCGCCUAUGAGACAAUGAUUGGUGCUCCUAAGAACAAUUCUGGUGCUGAUAAGCCAGGAAAACUGAAUAUUCGAGAAGCUCAAAAGUCCCCCACAGUUACCUUAAGUCCCGGUACACCACGACCGGUACGUGAAGACGAAUCCUGGAUUAGUGGGCCCUCCUACUCUAAAACUGGAUCGAAGUGAACAUGUACAGCGCAUGCAUCGAACUUCAGUUAUAGCAUAUACAGCACAUCGUAAUUAGAAUGCCCAUAAGGCGAUUGGUUUCCGUGCAUACCUAAGUGCACGUUUAAAAGCACUGUGUAUUUUUAGAAUGCAAAACGAGUUCCCAUAGCUGCACCGCGCUAUAGUAUUUCCCUAUUUUGUAUAUUUGUCGCUAUGUGAAGCAUGCAUUUGACUCUUAUCAAGUGCCGUGAAAAAUAAAAAAAGCCGCAAGCUGCCAUUAA